GAGAAGAGCAAUGCUAGUACCAACACCAAACAAGUACAAGAUAAAGAGACGUCUGCUCGAGAAGAAGGCGCUAUUGCUUGAAGACACUGUCCUUGGGAACCACAAGGAUCUUGAGAUUCCUAAUUUGCAGUUGAAGGUAUUUAUGAAGACUAUGAUUUCCCAUGGAUAUGUCCAGAAGAUUCAUGUAUGGAGACACUCAUAUUUCCUAUUAACUCCACUCGGAGAAUCCAGGCUGAGAGAGGAGCUGGUUUUCACUGAAGAAGGCAUGGCUAACCAGGAGCCAUCGGUUGUGAUGGUUUGA